AAAAAUCAGUGCCUUCCAAAUGCUGAAAGUCUGAAACGAUAAGGCGAUUCCAGAGUUGCUUUCCACUUUGCAAGAAAUGGAGCUUAGAUUGCCCCACGCUCAAUCUUCCCUUUCCGCCCUCUUCAGUACCACUAGGGAAUCCAAGUAUAGCUAUUCUUACUCAUUUUAUAGAAGCAUUGGUUCCCGAGAUGACAAGAGGUCAAAUUUACAUGCCCGGAAAGAACUCUCUUCAUCUGCAUUACCAGAAACACUAGCAUCUAUUGCAGUUGCUGCCACAGUUGUUGGGGCUGCCACUACUCUUCUUAUACGAAGAACUAAAGCUUCUAAUUCAGUUGAGGUGCAUACCUCAACUACAAGUCCCAACAAAGAUGUGUGAAGACUGUGGGGGCACUGGUAUUUGUUCAGGGUGCAAGGGUGAAGGAUUUGUUGUGAAAAAGAUGUCCGAGGAAAGUGCCGUAAAGGCAAGGGCAACAGCACAGAAUGCGGCAACCAGAUAUACAGCAGGGCUACCUAAAAAGUGGAGCUACUGCACCAAAUGCAAUGCUGCCCGUUCCUGUAGUUCAUGCUCUGGCAAUGGGAAACUUCUUGGUUCAUCUUCAACAACACAAAGGCCGGUGAGAUUGGAACAACAGAAUGCACUAAGAACUAAAUUCUGAUCCAAACUUUGUAUGAUGUAGUAAGUAUUGUUAUGAUGUCGUUCUUGUUUUCUGGUUAUUACCUGAUCCGAGAAUGGGGUCCAUAAAACAAGUUGAGUUGCAAAGCGUUAAAAUGCAUCUAUAGUGGAUUUUCGGCUUUAGAUCUUAAUCUUUAGGUAUGCCUGGUGGGCGCAGCCAAAAUUGUAUGGAGACUUCAACCUUUCAUUUCAAUGAUGAGAUAAGAAACUUAUUAUAACUAAUUCA